CGAACAUUUCUGCCAGAUGUUGAUCCACAUUCCAUCGCAGUUUGUUCUACUUGUCGAAGUAGCAUUCAUAAAAAAUCUAUACCCAAUAUGGCUGUAUACAACGGUUUUGAGUACCCUACAAUUCCUGCUAACUUGCAGAAUUGUCUAUUAGAUUUAGUGUUCGAAAGAUUGAUUUCUCCUAGAAUUCCUUUUAUGCAAAUCAGGAGACUUCGUCAUGUUCAUGGCCAAUACGGUAUUUAUGGACAAGUUAUUAAUGUUCCCGUGGAAGUCAAUACGAUGGUGAAUAAGUUAUCGAGAAAGACGAAUGAUGAUCAUUGUAUUUACGUACACAUCAAACGAAAAAAGAUUCACAAAUCGAGCUUUUUACACGGUCUAAUUAAUAAACGCAUUAUUAAAGAGUGGCUACAAUACUUGGUGAAUACUCCACUUUAUAUAACGUAUAAUAUAACCAUAGAUGAUCAGUUCUUUGAUAAUAAAAAUGAUGAGGAACUUCCUCUCGAUGAUCCUAAUGAAAAUAAUGAAGAAAAUGAUGGCAAUGACCUUGAAAAUAUUCCAAUUGAAGAGAGUUUAUUAGCGCAGCAACAAACAGUCAAUUUCGGCAGUUUCGAGAAGGACUUACUGUUACUCCCCUCAUGA